UACUAAUUUGGUUAGAAACGGGAAAACGCGAGACAGGGGACAUUUUGAUGUUGUGACGGGAAGAGCUACUAUUAGUAGUUUUAUGAUAAAGGAAACAUAUUAUUAUUAAUGAGGCGUUAGAUGUUCCCACGCGCCGGAAUGAAGCACAUUUCAUCGGGGUAGCUAUCACACCCAGUAUAUUCAUUUAUAUAUUAAUGGCGACAUGAUUGCAUUUUGCGCAGAGAGCAGUGUGCUAACAAAUUUGUAUAUUAAAAACAUCUCUCACAUGUCAUGAAAAUAAGUAAGGAUGGACGGGUGGGGCUCAGUCGUUGCAACAGAUAAUGACCCUUCAAGCUCCGAGGGGGAAUACACAUUGGAACCAGGGCCUGAACAUGAAACCCGAGAGGCGGAGGAAGGAGCGCAUCGGGGCUGUGUGGAGCGAAUGGACGACGGGUCCACCAAUAUCGGAUUUGGAUUAAGUGGUAUUGGAGAAAGCAAAAUGUUGUUGGGACGAGUCGGACAGAGAGACGACAAAGAACUUCGGUAUUUGCACUUAUUAUGGGAACCGGGACGAGCAGAGAUUGGACCCGGUGGCGUGACCAAUAAACUGGGAAAGAUGACUGGGAGCAGGGCUCGGCGAUUUCAAAGAGCCUCGAGGAACCCCAUUGGUAAAGAUGUGUAUGCUGUAAAAAGACUGAGAGACGCCGCAAACAGCAAUGACAUUGACACAGUUCGGAAGCUCCUGCAAGAUGACAUAGACCCAUGUGCAGCAGACGACAAGGGAAGGACGGCCUUACAUUUUUCUUCCUGCAAUGGCAAUGAAAGCAUUGUGCAAUUACUGCUGAGCUACGGCGCUGACCCCAAUCAACGUGACAGUCUGGGUAAUACCCCACUCCAUCUGGCGGCCUGUACAAACCACGUGCCUGUAAUCACCACAUUGCUAAGAGGAGGAUCCCGUGUGGACGCCCUUGACCGGGCUGGCCGGACCCCUCUGCACCUUGCACGCUCCAAACUUAACAUUCUGCAGGAAGGUGAUUCUCGUAGCUUAGAAACGCUGAGAGGAGAAGUCACACAGAUUAUUCAAAUGCUGCGGGAGUAUCUCAACCUAAUGGGGCAAAGUGAUGCUAAAGAGAAACUGGAACACAUUUCCUCCCAACUGCAACACACACGAACCAAAGAGCAAGUGGAUGAGGUGACUGAUUUACUGGCCAGCUUUACUUCACUCAGCCUUCAGAAACAGAAUUUGGGAGACAGGUAGAAGAUUAAGAAACCGGAGUCCUGCUCCUGUGAUAAAGCAUCCCUCAGAUCCUCCGACCUGAACAGUGAUUCAUACCUCUGCUCAUAAUCUGGACAGGAUUUCAGAUUCAGUCCCACUGCAAAGAAUGUCAUUCAGAGUUCCUCUAAUUCUGGAAACAACAAGUUAUUUCAUCAAAAAGGAGACAGUUUUUUUUAAAGACGAGAAUUAAAAUUGAUUUUGAGGCAUGGUGGCGCAGCUGUAGAGUGUUAGCCUCACAGUUCUGAGGACUAGGGUUCAAAUCCCGGCCUCGCCUGUGUGGAGUUUGCAUGUUCCCCCUGUGCCUGGGUGGGUUUUCUCCAGGUUCCUCCCACAAAAACAUGCAUUCAUUGGACACUCUAAAUUGCCUCCAAAUGUGAUUGUGAGUGCGACUGUUGUCUGUCUCCAUGUCGCCUGCGAUUGGUUGACAACCAGUUCAGGGUGAACCCUGCCUCCCUUCCAAUGACAGCUGGGAUUGGCUCCAGCACUCCCACGACCCUUGUGUGGAUAAGCGGUUCAGAAAUGUAUUGAUGGAUAAAGUUGAUUUUUUUCUUUUUUUUUUUUUUACCCAAAUGACUGAAGUCUGCUAAAAUAAGGGAGAAGGUUGUAGGUUUAAGAGUCUUAAAUCCUUUAAAAAAUCAUUCAUGGAAUGAAAAACUUAUGAAAUUACCGUAUACAAACUCAUCAUGCUGUACAAAUAUGUUCAUGUAUGUUUGAAUAUUCUGAAAGCAGUCCAUGUAAUGAAUUAAUAUAAAUAUUUUUUUGUGAAACAA